CAGCGUUCUUUGCGUUCUUCUUCCCGACUGUUGCUUAUCUCUUGAGUCUCAGUCUGUGUCCCUCCUUCUCAUUACACACGGAAUGGAAUCCAUAGAGACUGCACCGCGUCAAGUCCACGGAGAGAAGGGGGACGACCACCAAUAUGUCCUUCAUGAAGAGAGCAAAGAGACCAUUCGAGAUGCAGGACUCGCCACUGCGAAAGAACACACACUGCCAGUGAGGACGGCACUGUCAUUGUAUCCAAAAGCCAUCGCUUGGAGUAUCCUUCUGUCCAUGGCUGUUAUUAUGGAAGGCUUUGAUACAGUUCUGAUUGGCUCUUAUCUCGGUUUCCCUUCGUUCAACAACACGUUUGGCAACAUUGUCGUGGACGGCUCACCAUCCAUCACCGCACCUUGGCAGGCUGCUGUCACCAACGGUGCAUACAUUGGCGAAAUCCUUGGUCUCCAAAUCACUGGAUACCUUAUCGGCUGGUUCGGUAACAAGAAGGUUAUGGGAGGAGCUACGGUUCUCAUGAUUGCUUUCAUCUUUGUCUCCUUCUUCGGCAAGACGCUCGGCGUUCAAUUGGCAGGCCAGAUCCUCUGUGGUAUCCCUUGGGGUGUCUACCAGACCGUGACGACGGUCUACGCGUCCGAAGUCUUGCCUACGAACCUUCGGGGAUAUCUCACCUCUUACGUGAAUCUCUGUUGGGUCAUUGGACAAUUCAUCGCUUCGGGUGUUCUGGUGGGUGUCCAGUCGAGGACUGACGAAUGGGGUUGGAGAAUCCCAUAUGCCAUCCAAUGGAUCUGGCCCGUCCCCUUGAUCCUCGUCUGCAUCUUCUGUCCCGAGUCCCCCACAUGGCUCGUCGAACACGGCAAGCUCAACGAAGCUGAGAAUGCGUUCAAGCGGCUUCAAUCGGACCACGAUGGUAGUAUCGCUCCUACACCUCAGGAAGCCAUCGCUCUCGUCUCUCAAACAAUUGAACGGGAACGACAGAUUACCAUGGGAGCAGGAUAUAUGGACUGUUUCAAGGGCACCAAUCUUCGCCGAACAGAAAUCACAGUGGUCACCUGGAUCGUUCAACAAAUGUGUGGACCCGUCCUCCAGACGUACGCCAUCUACUUCUUUGAGAACGCAGGUCUGCCUUCGGCUCAAGCUUUCAACAUGGGUCUCGGACUGUAUGCCAUCGCUUUCGUUGGAACCCUGCUCUCUUGGCCCAUGAUCAAACGCUUUGGACGUCGUCAAAUCUUCCUCUGGGGACUCGUCAGCAUCUUUGUGUCGCUCAUGAUCGUCGGAUUCCUGAGUCUCGGCAAGCAAACGACUAGCACCUCUUGGGCCAUCGGAGCAUUCCUCCUCAUCUACACUUUCAUCUAUGACUCGACCAUCGGACCGCUGACCUACGUUAUCGUGCCUGAGACUCCAUCCUCGCGACUCCGACACAAGACUGUGGUGCUCGCUCGAAAUGCAUACAACAUCACAUGUAUCUGGACCGGAGUCAUAACACCAUACAUGCUCAACACGACAGCAUGGAACUGGGGAGCCAAGGCAGGAUUUUUCUGGGCUGGAUCGACUGCUCUUUGCCUCGUCUGGGCCUACUUCCGACUACCAGAGACAAAAGGAUUCACAUUUGAGGAGAUUGACAUGUUGUUCGAAGAGAAGGUCUCCGCUAGAAAGUUCUCCUCGGUCAGACGAGAGAUCGCAGUGGCUUCCGGGGGAGUUGCUCAGUAGGUUGGGUGGUAGAAAAAUGUAGA